AUGAGUGAACCUAAUACAUCAAAUCCUUCAACAUACAUAUCGACGACGUCUCACGAACGAUCAUCAACUACCGUUCAUGGAAGCGGCUAUAUUAAUAUGGGUCCUUUAACUGCGCAACAUUAUGAAAUUCCAACAAAAUGUAUUCAUACGAUACAUAGAAAAAUAAUGAAUCUCACUGAAUCAUCAACCGGUGAUAAUGAAUAUGAAUUUAACGUCUUACUGCUAGGCGAUAGUGGCGUUGGUAAAACAUGUUUACUCGUACGUUUUAAUGACGAAAAAUUUCUAACUGGAAAUUUCCACAGUACGGUUGGUAUUGAUUAUAGAAGUAAAAUUGUAACAAUUGGAAAUAAUAAAAUUAAUUUACAAAUAUACGAUACAGCUGGCCAAGAACGUUUUCGAUCGAUACCGCACGCUUACUAUCGUGAUGCCAAUGCGUUACUAUUAAUUUAUGAUGUAACGUCUGUAACAUCGUUUGAAAAUAUAUCAGCUUGGUUAAAUGAAAUCAAAGAAUUUACUGAUAGUGAUUUACUUAUAAUGUUAAUUGGAAAUAAAAUUGACAAAUCUCAACGUGUUAUAUCAAGAGAAUCGGGCGAACGUUUAGCAAGAGAUUGUGAAAUUUACUUUCUUGAAACAUCUGCAAAAACAGGUCAAAACGUUGAGUUGGCUUUUAUGACAACAGCUCAAACUCUAAUUGAUAAAAAAUUACAUUCUAAGAGUAUAGAUAAUUCGUCUAAUGAUAGAAUUAAAGUUAAAGCUACGGAAUCUAAUUAUUUCUGUUGCUAA